CGGCGCGGGCUGCUACCACUCGAGCUUCUCCGGGCCGACGCACCUCUUUCUCCGCUGCGCCUGAAACAAUCAAUUUUCACCGAGGAUGGACGCGGGAUUCUUCCGCGGUACGAGUGCGGAGCAAGACAACCGGUUCAGCAACAAACAGAAGAAACUCCUGAAGCAGCUGAAAUUCGCAGAAUGUCUGGACAAGAAGGUGGACAUGACCAAAGUGAACCUAGAGGUCAUCAAACCAUGGAUUACCCAACGUGUGACAGAGAUUCUGGGCUUUGAGGAUGAUGUGGUCAUAGAGUUCAUUUUCAAUCAACUUGAAGAAAAGCACCCUGAUAGCAAGAUGAUGCAGAUCAACCUGACAGGGUUCCUGAAUGGAAAGAAUGCCCGCGAGUUCAUGAAAGACCUGUGGCCCCUGCUUUUAAGUGCCCAAGAGAACAUUGCUGGCAUCCCCUCAGCGUUUCUGGAACAAAAGAAAGAGGAAAUCMGACAGAGACAGAUUGAACAAGAGAAGCUUGCUUCCCAGAGAAAAGGGGAUGAAGAUAAAAAGGAAAAGGACACCAGAGAGAGGGCUCAGUCAAAGAGUCCUAGAAGGCGGAAGACGAGAUCACCAUCACCACGGCGAAGAUCACCUGUAAAGCGGGAAAGGAAACGUAGCCCAUCGCGAUCUCCAAGACGCAAACCCAGUCCAGUUGCUGAGAGCUCACCUCCUCCACCUUUGCUGCAGUCUUCCACGAGAGUUACACAGCCGCUUGUGGAACCAGAUACGUCCGGAAAAAGCCCAACAGAACCAGUCAUUCAAGAAGCAUCUUCUACUGAAGAUGCGGUUGUAGAGUCGGCAGUUGCAGACUCAGUCUCUGAGGUUAAAGAGACGUCCCCAGAAAAACCUCCCAAGAAAGAAGAAAGACCAAGAUCUCGUGAACGAGACCUGAGGAGAGAGAAACCUCAUCACCGUUCCCGCUCUCGUUCUCAUUCCCGCCCCCGCAGACGACGCUCCCGUUCAAGGUCUUACUCACCUCGUAGAAGACAAAGUCCCAGAAGGAGAAUGUCACCUCGUCGAAGAAGUCCCCCUAGGCGUGGCCCCACUGGUUCCAGACACAGACACAGGCGUUCUCCUGUCCGCAGGAGACGUUCUCGUUCUGCUUCACCCUCUGGCAGCAGCUCCUCUGGUUCGCGCUCCCCUAAAAAACCCGUGAAGAGAAUUUCUACCACACCGCCUCGAAARCAAGUCCAUCGUCUGGACACUUCCAUCAGCCCUGCGGCAAAGGACAAAAGGUCACCGUCUCCACGAGCAAGAAGAGGCAGAGGCUCUGUUUCCCCUCCCAGGUCAUCAGAGGAGGACCAAAAUGAAAAGGGGAUAGCAGCGGAUUCGGUGCAGCAGCGACGUCAGUAUCGCAGACAGAAUCAACAGUCUUCUUCAGAUUCAGGAUCAUCCUCUUCAGAAGAUGAGGGGCCCAAGAGGCCAAACACAGGUCCUGGUGCCAGAAAUGGUGAAGUCAGGAGGAGACGUAGCCGUACRCCCUCACCUCGUAGGCGACAUAGGGAAGCCUCCCCAAGGAGAAGACGAUCCCCGUCUCCUGGACGCAGGCGUCGUUCACCCUCUCCCCCACGACGACGCAGAUCUCCCUCUCCUCCUAGACGCAGGUCUCCUUCACCACCACCUCGUCGUAGAUCUUUGUCUCCCAGACGUUAUUCUCCCCCUAUCCAACGUCGCUACAGCCCCUCACCUUUACCGCCACAGAAAAGGAAGAUAUCAGGUUCUCCCACAAAACGCUCUUCUCCAGGUCCCAAACGACGCACCUCUAGGUCUCCUAAACGCAGAAGCUCUCCCCCACCAAGAAGACGCUCUCCGCCUUCUUCUAGUUCUCCACCUAGACACAGGGGGAGCCCCAUCCUGUCCUCAACCAGGCCAAGCAGGGAUACACGAUCCCCUAUUGCAGGUGCCAGGCGUCUCUCUCCAUCACCUGCAAACCGCAGCCAUGCUGUUAGGCGAUCCACUAGUCCCCAGGGGCGCUUUGCUUCCUCCACUAUGUCUCCAUCUAACCAGAGGAGACAACAGUCCCCUUCACACAGCAGUAAGCUCAUCCGCAGGGUGUCUCGCACUCCAGAGCCACGCAACAAAAGAACCUCACCAAGCCCUAAGUAUAUGAGGAGAGCAUCCUCCAGGUCCAGAUCAGUUUCCCCUCAACCAGCUGCUCAGAAACGUCCAGCCCCUGCAUCUGCCUCCCCAUCUCCUACUCGUUCUGCCAGUGGUUCUCCUCCACCCCCAGUCAAAAAAGUCAAUAGUGGUUCUGGCAGUCAGUCUCCAGCUAAGACUUCGGAUGUUGAAGGUGGUGGAAAGAAAAAGAAGAAGAAGAAGGAAAAGAAACACAAGAAAGAGAAAAAACACAAAAAGCACAAGAAGCAUAAAAAGGAAAAAAACAGCAGCGUGACUGAGACUCAAGAGAACCGGGGUGCAGAGGAGGACGGUGGAUCAAGAAAGGAUUCAGAGAGUGAAGCUGACGAUGGUUUGGAUGAUCUGGAAAAGCACCUUCGAGAAAAGGCCCUGCGCUCAAUGAGGAAGGCCCAGAUGUCUCCAUCGCAGAUGUCAUGAGAACAAGAGGCUAAUGAUUUUUCCUAUUACUUUUGCUGUUUGUUAUCGACCCGGUUCAGCAUACAAAUUUCUGAUUUGUCUUGUUUCUUUUUACUGGUUUGGUACAUUCUGGAGAGUUCCCUAACUUCAUUUGUCAGAUAGUUUAUUAUCUAAACUGUAAAGAAGCUUGUGUUAAUAUUUUGAAAUUCUUAAGUGGGAAAAUAUUUAAUUUCAGAAGUUUGAGUUGGGCAGGUUAAUGAUAUAUUUGUCUAUGUACAGUAGAUUCCAUAGAGAAAUGAUCGCAUGUGCAUCGUCUCUAGUGUGCAUGAACCACUGACCUUGUGAAGAGCGUAAAGAAAAAACACCUUAAGGUAACAUGCUGUUACCAACGCCUUUUCCUUGUGGAAACUGUCAGUUAUGUACACCUAGCAGCUGUAACAAAAAUGUCCCGUUUCAUAAUCUGACUUGAGGGAGGUGUUUGGCAUCAUUUAACCUGCUUUUUUCCAACUUUGAAAUUGUCUUGUUUGAAGAAUAAAGCGUUUAAGAGUGAACCGUUUAUUUUAUUUUUUUCUAAACCAAUUGAUAUGCAAUUUUUGUUGAUAUCCAUGUUCUGAGCUGUUUUUGUGGGACUGCUUUAGUGUAUGAUUUUGUAUUUAGAAACCAUGGCCCUUGUCUUGUCAUCUUUUCAGAAUUAAAACUUUUUUUUAGGA